GCCACUUAAGAACAGCGAGAGAGAAGCUGAGACACUGUGAAGUUCUGUCACAUUUUUAGUCUUAGAAGAGGGGGCUUUAUGGUGUGUGUACUUCCUUCGUUUGUGUCCAUCAAAAUAUGUACUGCAAUCAACAACCACUGGAUUACACUAUGAUCUGUGCAUGCUAAAGCAACACCAGCCAGGAACCACAGGUGUGCGCACACACAAAAAGAAGGCCAACAAUCCACUUAAGCCAAUGUCUGAGCAUGAUCAGUGCUGCAUCUGUCUGGAUCAGCUCCGUAGACCUGCAUCCCUCCCUUGUGGACACCGCUUCUGCCUUGGCUGUAUCGGUGAAUUCUGGAGGAUCCAUGGAGCUUAUCUGUGCCCCCUCUGCAAGGCCUCGUACUCCACCAGACCCCAACUUCAAAUGGACAAAACUCUGCACACCCUAAGCGAGGAUAUAGAGGAUGCAACCCGGCCUUUCAAAUCUGGAGAGGUUCUCUGCGAUUUCUGCCAAGCAAAGCGCAGGGCAGUCAAAUCCUGCCUUGUGUGCAUGGCGUCAUUUUGUGCCAGUCAUCUGGAGCCUCAUUACAAGGAUGAAGAUCUUGGGCACCAUCAUCUGAUCAGUGUGGUGAAGAACAUGGAAGACUCUGUUUGUGGAGUGCAUGGGAAGCAGUUAAGCCGAUUCUGCAGGAGUGAUCAGACAUGUAUUUGUGCCAUGUGUGCCCAGACAGAGCACAGGGGUCAUCACAUCAUUUCUAUCCACAGGGAGGCGACAAAGAAGAAGGUUAAACUUAGACUGAGAAGGAUCCAACUCCAGCAAGCAAUUCAAGAGAGAGUAAACAAAGUUGAGAAAACCAAGCAGUCUUCAGACAUUAGUGAGGAAAAUCCCAAAGAAGCAAGGGCAAAAAAUAAAGAGCUCAUCAUACAGCUGGAGGAGGAAAUCUCAGAACUUCAGCUGAGGUACACGGAACUGGAGCAGCUCUCGCAAACUGAAGACAACCUCCGCUUUCUCCAGAGAUUUCUGCACAGAUCCUCAACAUAAUCAUGGACAAAGGUUGUUAACAUUUCACCAUCAAGAGAACCAGAACCAGACAAACUGGAGCCAAAGCUUGAAUCCCACAACCCUGACUGAUCUGUUGAGGCACAAAGACAUUACAGUCCAAUCUGAAAAAGCAAAAGCGUCAGGAAAAGUAGGAGGUCUUAAUGAGGACUAUGGCAUCCAAUACUGAGACUUUACUCUUAGAGAAUUGGAACCAUAAAUGACACAAAGUCUAUUUGUGGGAUAGACACCAUCUGCUGCCAAAACCCAGGAUGGAACCAGGGACCUUUAGAUCUUCAGUCUACCUCACUCUCAUCUGAGCUAUUUUUGCACAAUGGUUUUGGAGUCCUAUUUGAAAAAAGGAGUUUGAAAGGGAGUCUAGAAAAAAUUAGAGGCCUUAUUGAAGAAAAUUCAAUAAGACCACUCCAAGACAGAGUGGUGCAGGACUGAGAGGCGAAAGCGAGUUACCACAGUAGCACUUCCGGUUCCCUCGUCUGAAAGUUUAUGGGAUUUUUGAGUGAGUUUUUGGUUAAAUGCCAGACUUAUUUGCAGUAAUGAUCUAAAAACCCACUGAGAAUCCCAUAGGCUUCCAGGUUUUGCCUACAAAAACCGCUCUAUUAUCAGGCUUGCCAUCGACUAGCUGGCAGGUACGUUAGCACCCAAAGGAUGUGAAAAGGGAGGGGCUUCCUUCUACCACAUCUGGCAUUUCAGUCAGUUCUUAACAAACAUGGCUGAGCUCAACUACAAUGAGAGGAUUUCUGAUUUGUAUCUGCUGUGGAAAGUAGCGGCAGUAUUAGAAAGUGACAGACACUGGGUUCGGGUUAUCUGGCGUGGUCUUAAAGUGGUUCUAUUCUUAUUUAUCAAACAGAAACAGUUCUAUGUCUCUGCAAACAAUCAUACCUCAUCAUGCUUCCAUUAUCAUGUAUGGUGUACCCAAGAGGUCAGUUUUGGGACCAUUUUUAUCUUCUUUGUAUUUUCUUUAACUGAGGUACAUUAUUGAAAACAUGGCGUUCCUUUUCAUAUUUAUGCAGAUGACACUCAGCUAUACAUAUGAGUUAAUCCAUCAGACCAGAGCAUCCUGAAAAUUUGCUGUGACGAUGUGAAGAGCUGGAUGUCAUGUCAACUUUUUACAAUUAAAUGAUGACAAAACUGACACUGGAUCCCAGCUCAUCACAGAGGAAGUGCUGCCAUCUGCUGGUUCCUUUUUUAAUAAAAUAAGGCAUGUUGCAAAAAAUCUAGUAGUGUGGUUUGAUAGCAUUUUAACUUUUGAAAAACUUUUACUAAAUAUGUGCAAUUCUGUUUUUAUCAUCUGAGAAAUGUCUCAAAAUAUCAGCUUGAAUUCUUAAAGACACAGACACUUUUACAUGCUUUUAUAUCCCCACACCUAGAUUACUGCAGCAGCCUUUUUACUAGCCUGAGCCAAAAAGAUAUUUACCGCCUGCAGAUGGUUCAAAAAUUAGCAGCCAGGCUUUUAACUAAAACUAGAAGAUCUGAGCACACUACUCCGAUUUUAUCCUCUCUACACUGGCCCCCAGUGUGUUUCAGAAUCAAUUUUAACAUUUUACUUAUAAAGCUCCUAAUGGCCUAGCCGUUCCAGGGGCCCAGCUGAAAACGGGUCAGUGCCACGAGGCUCUGGAACACCCUGCCUGAGGAAAUCCAUUUGGCCCAAUCAGUGACUUCUUUUAGAUCUCUUCUGCUUUUAUCAAAGAGUCUUUCCUGAUUUGACUUGAGUUUUACCUAAUUUUAUAUGAGCACAACAACGUUUUGAUCUUUUUAUCUGUGCCCACUUUGCUGCCUGAUUUUAUUGGUGUUUUAUCUGCGUUGUUAUCUCUGUUGAUUGUGAAGCACUUUGCAACUCUGUUUUGAAAAGGGAUCUAUAAAUAAAGAUGAUGAUGAUUAUUAUUAAAUGCU